CAAAUCACACUACAGUGCUUUGGAUCAAGUUCAUGUGCAUUAUUCCAGUAUAAUUCAUGCCAAACCCUAUAAGAUUGGUAACAGUGUCAUUAUUCCCAUUUUAUAGGUAAGGAAACUGAGGCAAGGGGAGGUGACCAUCUUGUCCCAUGUCUUACAGUAGCAAGAGAGGCCAGGAUUCAAAUGCUGACUUCUGUCUCUGCAGCCUGCACUGAACCUGUUAAUGCCAAUGAUAGGGCUGACUUUUUAAUUUCAUUGUCUGAUCUGGCAGAUUCAUUCAUCAAUCUUCUGGGCCCUAGUAAACUCAUCAUCUGACAGCUGAGUGCUUUUCCCCAAAGUGUUUGCUUAGGCCAACCCCACACAGUGCUUCUAUAAUCCAUGUAUUUCUCAGCUACAUUAAUAGCAAUUGUUCGCGUGGCCAAAGAGAAAGCCUCCACAGCCAGAAAUGGCCCAGGGUCAUAACUGACACCAGCUCAUCAGCCGAGGCUGAGGGACAGGAAAUGGCAGGUGAGUUCCAAUCUAUGAGUAAAGAAGGUUGUGCUGCUUCAGCUCUGCCUCACACUAGCUGUGUGUUCUUGGGCAAGUCACUUGCCUUCUCUAGAGAAAGGAGGUAGUUUAAGUACAUGCUUCUCCUAAACGUCCUUUCCAUGUAAUAUAGCACAAAGAUUGAGAGGAGGGCUUCUGGGGUCAGAGAUGAGAAAUCAAGUCCUGGCCUUGCCUCACCUAGGGGCCCUUGAUUUAGGACAUCCUUCACUUCUCGGAGUGAAGUUCCCUCAACGACAAUUGAUAAUCAGAGAUUUUGGGGAUGUCCUCAGGGGCUGCAGUGAGCAGGCUUACGCAGGCUCCAUGCAAAUGCAUAAGUGUCAUCAUCAUCUCCCAAGCCUUUGUCUCCCAGGCCCUCCAAGCACCAUGUCUGCAGCUCCCGCCAGCAAUGCGGUGUUUGUCGUCAUCCCACCCAGCAAUGCCAGUGGCCUCCGCCCACCUCCGGCCAUCCUGCCCACCUCCAUGUGCCAGCCUCCUGGGGUUUUGCAGUUUGAGGAGCCACUGGGGGUACAGACACCAAGGGCCAUCCAGCUGCCUGAUCUACGGCCCAUGGAGAUGUUCCUGACUGGAGAGCCCAAAGCUUUAGGGACAGUGCAGAUCCUCAUCGGCCUCAUCCACCUGGGCUUGCAGCUCCUGGCCCGCCAUGGCCACGCAGGGAUGCUCUUCACUGAAGGCGGCGUCCCCUUCUGGGGAGGAGCCUGCUUUGUCAUCUCUGGGUCCCUCUCAGUGGCAGCAGAGAAGAGCCACACCAGCUGCUUGGUGAGGAGCAGCCUGGGGAUGAACGUUCUAAGCGCCCUGGGGGCCUUUGCGGGGACAGCCAUUCUGCUCUCGGACUUUGGUGUCACUAGCUGGGAUGCGGGCGGGGGCUCUCUGGCUGUGCUGACCGUCGUCACCACCCUGGAGUUCUUCACUGCGGUCAUCACCUACUUUGGGUGUCAAGCCACCCACGCUCAAGCAGCACGGUGACCCGUGAUUUUCCUGCCCAGCCUCUUGAGUACGGACUUCAGCAUCCCCAGCCCCGCAGCCUCUCCACCGCCUGCCUAUGACAAUGUGGCGUAUAUGCCUGAGGAGUCAUCGGAGUAGAGGCCUCCCCGCGGUUGGAAGCCAGCUUUCCUCCUGUGGGCCCAGCCUCUCCCCCCACCCCAUCCUCACUACUGUGGCGCCCGAGUGAAGCCUUCCCCAAAGACAUCCCCACACAUCUCCCUCGGUGGCUUCCUUUCUAAAAGAGCUAGUGGAUGUCAAGGAACCGUCCCCCAGCGUCCUGGGCCCCAUUCCCCUUCUAGGAAUGUCCCCAUGUGCUCCUCUGUAUUUCUCUCUGGUCAACAGGAGGCAGCCAAGGCCUCAUUGGCAGACAGGUUCAAUGGCUGCCCUCAAGCCUUGGGAAGACCAUUAAGCUCAGCAGCCCAGAAUCCUCCAGAAAGGAGUACUAAGUCCAAGCGCUGAGGCCACACAGCUAGCUGUGGCCUGACCUCUGGGUCUGCAGGCUCCAAGACCAGCUCUGUGCUUUGUCAUCUGCUGCUCAGUUUUCCUGGAAACCAAAGCAUUAACUAGAUGGCAUUUAAGGCCCUUCCAGUUCCCCAGGGAUCCCUGAAGUCCUGCUCUAAGUAAGGGAAUAUUCUGGAAAAGCUUGUUUUCCUUAUCUGUAAAGUGGAGUUGCUAUUGACUCCAGCACUGCUCACCUGCCAGGUUUGGGGAGGUUUCAGGGGAAGGCUAAAGCCAGCCCUCGGCACCCCAUCAGCAUCCACAGGUACACAGUCCUGGCGGUCCCUCCCUCUCUCACUCUCCCCCUCUGGGGAGCAGAGCUGCCUCUGAAGGUGACCACCCACGGGGCUGGGGCAAAGGAGACACAAUGUCAAAAGUCCUGGUGGAUGGUUCUUCUCCAUACUGUGGACGGAAAUAAACUGUGUGGCUUACAUUUUGA